AUUACGUCACGCAGUUUCCGGAUUUUCAUACGAGGCAUCAUGGCCGCCUCCAGAGGUACCGUGGUGGGGUCUCUGCUGCUAAGAUAUGGAAAUAAAUUCGCAGGAUCGCACUUCCUCGCCACAACAGUUGGCCGACAGGGCGUCAGCAGGCCAAUCUGUACCAGCUGUUGUCUCCUGCGGAGGAACCUUGCUGCUGAUGGUCCAGAGAAGUUCUCAGAGGAGUUCAUCAAGAAGCAGGUGGAGGAGUUCAACAUUGGCAAACGACAUCUAGCCAACAUGAUGGGGGAGGACCCUGAGAGUUUUACACAAGAAGACAUUGAUAGAAGCAUCAGGUAUCUGUUUCCAUCAGGCUUGUUUGAGAAAAAAGCGAGGCCGAUUAUGAAGCAUCCAGAUGAAGUGUUUCCCAAGCAGGCUGCAAUCCAGUGGGGAAAAGAUGGCCGCCCCUUCCACUUUAUGUUCUACACAGGAAAGCAGACCUACUACACACUAAUGCAUGACCUCUAUGAGAAGACGUUGGCCGUGGAACGACAUCAGGACCGUCUGAGAAAUAAGGGCCUCUUCACCCAAGACACCAAACAGAUCUCUGUGGUGGGCAGCAGGUGGCUCCGUAAGGAGGAACUGGAGGAGCUGCUGGUGGAGCACAUCUCUGAUCACGACUAUGUCCGGUUCGUCCAGCUGAUGGAGCGGCUGCUGUCCAUGCCGUAUAGUGCGCUGGAGGAGGAGAGUGUCCUGCGUUACCGUCGGCAACUGGAGGUCCAGAGCAGCAAGCAGGAAAUCCCCCCACUGCAGCAGGACCAGCAGGGGGCAGCAUUCAGCACGGCCGUGGGGAGGAGGAAGACCGCCACAGCAUCUGUUGUCCUGAGAGAUGGCGGGUCUGGAAAAGUGACCAUCAACGGAAAAGAUCACUUGCAGUACUUCCCUGUGCUGCAGGACAGGGAGCAGCUGAUGUUCCCGCUGCACUUUGCGGAGGCGCUGGGCCGUUUUGACGUGGAGGGCAGCGUGAGUGGCGGUGGGCACUCUGCCCAGGCGGGGGCGCUACGCCUGGCUCUCGCCCGGUGCCUUCUCAGCUUCUCACCAGAGGGCAAAGUGGAGCACCUGAGACAAGCCGGCCUGCUCACUGCUGACCCGCGAGUGAAGGAGCGCAAGAAGCCGGGCCAGGCCAAAGCCAGGAAGAAGUUCACCUGGAAGAAGCGCUGAGCGGGGGGGGGG